AUGGAUAUUUUUACAAAAUAUACUGAAGAAGCAGGCGAAAUUUUAGAAAAAAAGUGUAAUUUAUACUAUGAUGAAUGUCUUUUUGAAAAAGAAGAACCAAAUGAAAAAUCUGAAGUAAAUGAAUCUUCAGUUUUACUUGCUUCUAAACGUUUAGAAGCUUUAAGGUUUACAAGAAAACUUGAAAAUGAAGCUUGUGCAUCAAUUGAUGGUAUAAUACAAAAUGUAGAAGAUAUAAAAAAUAUGGAAUCAUUAUAUGGUGUUUUUCAGACUGUAAAUGAAAUUGAAAAUAAAAGGCAGGAAUUGACAAAAAUUUUUGAAGAUUUAAAAAAAAAUUACUUUUGUGUCACAGAAAAGACAUCUUCUUUACAUCAUGCCUGUGAAGCAAUGCUUAGUCAACAAACACAUCUUGCAGCAGGAGCAGAAGAAAUAAAAACAAAUUUACAUUACUAUCAACAAGUUCAAUGGGUAAUGAAAAAACUUCAAACACCAAAAUUAUCAGUAACAGGAACUUUGUUUACACAAAUUUUAACAACAAUUAAAGAUUGUAUGACAUUCUUAGAAUCACAUCCAGAUUACAAAGAAAGUUCUAUUUACCUUGAAAAAUAUGGACAAUGUCUUAGUAAAAGUUUCACAGUUCUUAAAAUGAGUUUAUUUUCGGAUUUUGAAAAGGCAAAAAAUAGUGUUAUAGAAAAGAAAAAUGAAAAUCCAAAAAAUGAUUUAUCACAAUUUACAGAAGAAGAAAUAUUUACAUUGCUUUAUGGUGUUUUUGGUGUUAAAGCAUUUCCUGUUAUAAAUGCUUUUACUAUAACGGAUAAAUAUUUUUCAAAUCAUCCGGAUUAUCAAAUGCUUAUAAUUGAUUGUUUAAAAGAAUAUGUUUCAAUAAGGUGGGAAUUAAUAUCAGAUAUAAUUACAGCAACUAUAGAAGAUUUAUUAAAAGAAAACGUUAAUGGUACUUGUGUAUUUUUAAAAAAAGCAUGUUCAUUUUUACUUAGAAUAUGUGAUGAUGAAUUUAGAUUAAUGAAAGAAUUUUUUAUUUUACCAAAAAAUAAUGUGGAGCCUACUUCCAUUCCAAGAGGAUCAUCUAGAUGUUCUGUUACUUCUUAUAAUUCUUCCAGAAGUAGAGUUUUACAACGUGCUACUCCUGUUGUAAAUAAAAAUAAUCAACAAACAAUAUUUAUGAAUGAAUUUGCUGAGGUUUUUGAUGGAUUUACGGAAAAUAUUUGUAGAAUUUUAUAUGAUACUUUUAGACCAACUAUUGUUCAAAAUAAAUAUUUAGAAUUAUUGGUACAAUUAUUUAAAAUAGUAAAAAAUGAUUUUAUUCAAGAACGUUGUAUUAAUGUAAUAAAAUUAAUUCCAGAAUCAGAAAAUUGGAUACAUUCUAGAACAGGUUUUAUACGUGUUAUGAAUGAAUUAAGUGGUGAUAUUGUUGAAAGAGUUAUUUAUAAAACGCAUACAUUUGCUGAAACUGAUAUUGUUGGGUAUGUACCUUGUUCUGGUGAUUUAUUGUAUCCUGAAAAAUUAAUGUUAUUAAAUUCUAUUGAUGAAACACAACAAAUUAAUAAACAAAAUGAUUCUAAAAAGAUGCAUGCUUUAUGGUAUCCAACUGUUAAAAGAACUUUAUUAGGAAUAAAUAGAAUUUAUCAAUGUCUUGAUAAUGAUAUAUUUCAAUCAUUCAUGCUUGAAUUGAUAUCAGCAUGUUGUGAAUCAUUGGAAAUAGCAAGUGAAAAAAUAAAAAAUUCAAAAACAAGUGUCAAAUCAAAUUUACCACGUUUUGUUGAUGGUGAUUUAUUUCUUAUUAAAUAUUUAUUAAUUUUACGUGAUCAAACAAUUCUUUAUAGAAGUCAAGCAUUGAUAAAAAGUCACAAUGUAUUAAAUCAAGAAGAAUUUUCUAGAGUUAAAAGUCCAUUAACAACAAUGGAUUAUAGUUUUGAUAUAACAAAAUAUAAAGAUUACGCCAGCCAAUUUUUUAAUCCUGAAAAUAGAGGAAAAUGGUUUGAAUUAAGUAGUGAUAAUGCUUUAUUAAAUAUUUUGCUUACUCCACCAAUUCAAAUAACAGAAGCUAUACAAGAUAGUAAAAGAUUAAUAGAAUUAAGAUUAAAAAAACAUUGUAUUAAUUUUAUUAAUGAACUUUCAAACUUUUAUAUAGGCGAUUUAAAAAAGUGUACGGGAUUUAUUGAAGAAUGGAAUAAAAAAAGUAAAGAAGAACUUGAUAAAGAAGAUUGGAGUAAAAAUGAACAUUUAUCUCCAAAUAUUUUAAAUGAUUUAACAAGUAUAGUUAUUAAAAAUUUAUCUAAAUCAUGGCCUGAAUACAAAAAAACUCUUGAGUUAUAUUUAAAUGACAAUGAUACUGAAAAUGUUUUACAUGAAGCAGUCAAAUCAUCUAUUCUUAAUGAAUUCCAAAAAAUUGAAGAUUUUAUUGGAUUAAAUUUUAAAAAUAAAGAUUCAUUGGAAAUUCUUUCAUGUGAAGAUUUGAAAAAAUUACUUGACAAUAAGGAAAAUAAUUUACAAGAAGAUAAAAAAGAUCAAUGUUAA